UUGAUCAUUUGUGGUUUUGCGUGUUUCAAAUACACUCUAUAGUGUAAUGGCUGGUGCGUUCACAAUUUUUAUUCUUACAUGGAAUCUGGCCAGGUUGACCCAUCCAAGUGAUUUGGACCUUAAACCUCUACUUCCUCAGUCUAAGCCCGACCUGAUCGUUAUUGGACUUCAAGAAAUGGACGACAUGGAAAAAUGGCAAAAUAUGUUUACUCAAACGUUAAGUGGAUCCGGUUAUAAACUUCAUGACAAAAAACAUAUGUAUGAGCUUGGAAUGUUCAUUUUUGUCAACAAAGACGAGACCAGUAACGUCCCAGGAAACACAUAUGAAAUCACUUUGAAUACUGACAAGCCAACAGGAUUUUUGAAAAAAGUACCCAAUAAAGGAGCAACUAUCAUUUGCAUGCAUAUUAACUCGAUACCAAUUUGUUUUGUAAAUUGCCACCUUAAUGCUGGAGAAGAGAAAGCUAAACGAAGAUUGGAAGACAUGGAUCAAAUAUUAAAAGAGUCAAGAUUGGAUAGUGCAUAUGUGUUAUUUUGGUUUGGAGACAUGAACUUUAGGUUGGAAGAAAGCAAAUCGAUGUCAGCUGAUAAGAUAAUUAAUAAAAUAGCUUCUGGUGGAAAAGACGAACUUUUAAAACUUGAUGAGUUGACUAAACUGAUGAGCCAGCCGACAUUACAGAAUUUCAAGGAAGCUCAACCAACAUUUUUACCAACCUACAGGUUUAUCGUAGGGACAUCUGUUUACGACAACAAGAGACGACCUGCAUGGACUGAUCGCAUCCUCUACAAAGACCACUAUGGACUCCUCCAAGUUCAGAGCUACAAGAGUUAUGAAGGAGUUCAGAUAAGUGACCACAGACCUGUGUCUGCAUUAUUUAAGGUCAACGAACGACCCAGCUUACCAACAACAUAUACACGAGAAUAACCUGUCCUUGUUUAUGUGCACUUAUUUAAUUAAAACAAUCGCCUUUAAUAUACUUUGCUUGUUUAUUUAACACUUCUUUAUAUUUUCAUAUUGUAAAAUCUGUAGUGCAAAU